AUGGCGUCCUUCAGCAGAUCAGCCAGGGGCUUUACGGUGCCCGGUAGCAGGGCAUCGCCAUCUCGUCUUAUCCAAACGGCCUAUAACACAUCGCGAAGUCAUCCCAGCUCUGUCCCAGGACGGCGCAGCUUUCAUCUCAGCGCCGUGGGAGAUGCCGUCUUAUGGACAGCUGACAACAUCACCUUUAUCCACCACGCCGGACUGCCCUGGUACAUUUCCAUCCCCCUCGUAGCCGUGGGCGUCAACUUCUCGUUUCGACUCCCGAUUCAGUACUACACACGGCGCCUCGUUGUCACCAGAAACAGAUUGACUCCGCUGGUUACGGCCUGGAGCUCGCGACAUGCCAUGACGGUGAAGCACGGCCAGGGCGAGGAUGCAGAGCGGCUAUGGAGAUUGCGAGUUGCUGGCCUGACGGAGAGAUCUCGGUCAAGGAUAUAUAAGAGCUGGGGCGUGCAGAGAUGGAAGUCAUUUGCUCCCUUCCUGAGCAUGGCGCCCUUUAUCAUCGUAUCAGAAGCUCUACGACGGCUCUGUGGCGCCCCCACGGGAUGGCUUAGCCAUUCGUUCGGACUUGUGGACAUCCAGGCCGUUUCAUCAGCACUGGAGCUAUCUCGCCGCUAUCUUGACGAAUCCUUGAUGGACGGUGGUUGCCUCUGGUUCACAAAUCUCACAGCCAUGGACCCUUACUAUGCGCUUCCCGUCAUCUGCUCGGCACUGCUUGCGCGGACGUCAUGGGGCAGGCUACCAAAGGACCAGCUGAAGGCUUUGCUAAGCAAUUCGAACGGCAGUAGGCCGGACGCUUCUCUUAGUCCCCCUCUUUCCCAUCCUCUUUGCCGACCUGCCAAGCGCAAUCUUCUUAUACUGGGCAUCCACGUUUGCUCUCAACGACCUCAACGAGGCCAUCCUAGGAAGAUGGCUUCCAAAGGAGACGCAGAAACUAUCAAAACCCACUCAGAAGCCACUGGCAGCAUUACCAUAUCUACGAGGGACAGUAGAUUCCAAACAACAACCAGAUGCGAAUAGAUGAAUAGAAUUUGAUUCAACGCGCUAAAGAAAAAAA